AAGCGGUCUCAAAAGACAUGACCGUCUCGUUUGUGCGCACGAGGGGUCUCAAAGCAUUGAUGACAUACAGCGGGAGAGCAGCAUCCGCCGGACAGAGGGGCAAUCAAAUGUAAAACGAACGAUUCCAUCCUGCAGCGUUUCCAUAGCACUAGCCUCCUAUUACAGUCCUUUUGAUGUUUCUAUCACGAAUGAAUCGAUGACGAAGAAGAAUAAGAAGGAAAAGGAAGAUUGGAGGAGAUUCGCUUCUCUCAUAACGGGGUACCGGUGAAAGAGGGGCAGUAACCUACCUAUUAGUCAAAAACGUCAAACGAGAAUAGCCGCACCAUCAUCAGUCGCGUCUGUUUAUCGUGAGAUGACAAAGUGAAGUGGCGGAUCAUGUCUCAGAAGAAGAUAUUUCUGGUCUUUGUGGCAAUCAGUACCGUCAGCCUACUGCUGCACCAUGGUGGCCAUUUCAGCUGGACGAUGGAAGCCUUUCACCUCGGCUGUCCGUCACUACGCACCCAGCUGUCCUCCUCUCUCAAGCCCAAACACACCAACGUGGCCUUCCUCAAGACGCACAAGACGGCCAGCACCACCAUGCAGAAUCUGCUCUUCCGCUUCGCAGAGCGCAACAACCUGACAGUGGCGCUCCCUGUGCAGGCAUGCGGACACCAGUUCUGCUACCCGCGCACCUUCAACGUCCACCUCGUCCACCCGCACACCCUGCCACCCAACGUGGUCACCAGCCACAUGCGCUUCAACCGUGCCGAGAUGCAGCGCCUCAUGCCUAACGAUACCAUCUACGUGACCAUACUUCGAGAACCAGGGUCCAUGUUUGAAUCGUUGUUCAGCUACUAUAACCAGUACUGUCAGAGUUUUAAGAGAGUUCCCAAUGGGUCCCUGGAGGCAUUUCUGGACGAGCCGUGGCGGUACUACCGUCAGGACGAAAAGGACUCCAUGUACGCCCGUAACACGCUGACCUUUGACCUAGGUGGGGAUAAGGACCGUCCGGCGGCAGACGCAACAGCGUACGCCCGGGCCUUUGUUGCCGAGACAGAACGCGUCUUCUCCCUGGUGAUGAUCGCCGAGUACUUUGACGAGUCGCUGGUCCUCCUCCGUCACCUUCUCUCCUGGGAUCUGGAAGACGUGCUCUACGUCAAGCUGAACAUGCGAACGUCCGGCUCCAAGCACAGCCUCUCGCCAGGCCUCCCCUUCAAGAUCCGCGCCUGGAACGCCUUGGAUGCACGCCUCUAUGAUCACUUCAACGCCUCCCUGUGGCGCCAGCUGACUGCCCUGGGCCCGGCGUGCGUGGCCAGGGAGGUGCGGUUGCUCCGCAGGGCCCAGGAGAGGCUGGUGAGGGGCUGCUUUGGAGGACGGCUUCCCCAGCUCCGCUCUGCUGCCCAGAUCAAGAACAAGGAGCUGCGGCCGUGGCAGCCCAGUGCAAAGGUGGACAUCGUGGGCUACGACCUGCCGACCAACACCAACGCCACGUGGCCCGGAAGUCUGGCCCACGAGCUGUGUCUGAAGCUCAUCAUGCCAGAGGUCCAGUACACCAGGGUCCUGCUUCGAUCACAGUCGCUACGCUACAGACGCAGCUACCCGCUCCGCUCCCCUCAGCCCCAGCCGCAGCAGCCCGUACGGUCGGUCCUGCCACGCCACCAACAGGUGGGGAUACAGCAGAUACACCGGGAGGCCCUUCCUCCAGGACUUGGUCCCGCCUCUAGCCCCACAGCCACCUCUCGACCUGCAGGGACCCAGAGCAGGGCCACCAGGGUGGGGCUAAGGCCCUCGGGCCCCCAGAGGCAGACGCCAUAACUUAAGACUGCAGCACCAGCCUUGAAUAUAGAAAGACUGAAUACAGCCGGACUAAAUACAGGCAUGCAGGCAGACAGACAGACUGUCCUCCAGACUUCAGCCAUUUGUCCCCAGGGACUGUAUCAGGGGGUUCUGGAGGAGAUAGGGAGAGGGGGGGACACCCCCAGAUUGGGGCUGGAGAUUGGGGUAGGACCCCACUCUCAUUAAUUACAAACUCUGUAUGGAACAAUAAAGAACUGUUACUGUCGCUUUCAGUCCUGGGCCUCUCACCCAAUGACUUUACCCCCUCCCACUGAGUGUUAGGCCCGAGGACAGGUCAAAUGUCAAAAGUUAGGCCAGCGGUCCUUAGACUGACCCCCCCCCCACACACACACACACUCGCAGCCCUUACACCAACUCUCUCCCUCCUGCCCACCCUGCUUUAGAACAGCUCUCUCUGCUUCUCCGACCCCAGCUCAUCUCUCUCGCCCCUCCACCAGCAACUGAACUAGACCAUGGCGGCGGCUGCUGACAAAUGGGAUGUUUUUAGAUAUGGGAAUUGUGUGUGUGUGUGAAAGCGUUUUUCCUAUGUAUUUUGUUUAUCUGGGGCGUUAUCGCAAUAAAGUUUUAUGUAAAGUCUUAUGUAAAGGUAGGGAUCUUAUAACCACAAGACACACACACACACCGGACUCAACCCGUUGUUGGUUCUGCAAGCCUGCUAAAAGACAUGAUGAGUGAGAGCUACAGUGUUUGAAUAUUUAAUUAUGUAUUCUUAAUGAGGCUCUCUUUGGAGAGACCUUCCACUUGGGUUACACAGUGAAACACACACACACACACACACACACACACACACACACACACACACACACACACACACACACACACACACACACACACACACACACACACACACACACACACACACACACACACACAGCAGUGUGGAACAUGCCAAAGCAGCUUACUUAUCCGAAGCAAAGCAUAGGGAGGAAAUAACUACGAUACUGGGAGAAAGCAGUAGAAGAAGAGAGAGUCUGGGUCCUGUUCAUUUGGACACACUGCGGAAAACAUAUUAAAACAUUUUGCAAUGGGAAUUCGAAACAUAUGUGUUUCUUCUUCGACAACUCCAUAUACUAUUUAUUCCCUUCCUGUUUCAGUCCUUGGUCUCCCAUUUGGUGCCUAAUGAACAUGGCCCUGGUGUGGUGGCUGUCAUGUGGAGGUGUUUUGCCACUCGUUUCAUUAUGUGGUACAUUUUUUAGGCAGUUGGUUGUUCAUGUUUAACCUAAAUGGUAUGCUUCGACCUGGGUGUCCUUGAGGGUGUGUGUGUGUGUGUGUGUGUGUGUGUGUGUGUGUGUGUGUGUGUGUGUGUGUGUGUGUGUGUGUGUGUGUGUGUGUGUGUGUGUGUGUGUGUGUGUGUUUCUGAGUAUAUAUUAUUUAUUUUCUUCAUCACUGGAAAACAACAGUCUGUUUAUGUUUACCUUCAAUGUAUAUUUCCGAUUUUGGAACAGGACAUUGUAUUGUGGACCAAACCACUAAUGGCAAUACACACUUGUGCUGUACAUGGCAUGUUCUGAUGAAUAAAAUGUCAAAUUUCUACAUCGGCCAACCACAAAAGCUACUCAGACAGCACCAAGUGUAAUCACUGAGCAAUGAAUUUUAUUGUGUUUUAAGUGCUUCAUAAUGCUCUAGAGUGCAUCCCAAAUGACAGCCUAUUCCCUACAUAGUGUAUUAUUUGUAGUGCACUAUGUAGGGAAUAGGGUGCCAUUUGGGAGUCAGUUCUAGUCUAGUGGACAGAGGACAGGGUAGAAAGAUAACUUUCCGAAGGGCCCUUGACCCGUGAAAUCCUCCAUGUUUGACUGCUGUUCAUUUUUAAAGUGCUCUUUGAUUGUACUUUAUUUUUCAUCCCAAAUGUCACCCUUUAAAUAGGGAAUAGGUUGCCAUUUGGGACACAAGGUAUCAAAUCUAGGCUGAUUUCUUGGUUUUGAGAGACAUAACUAACACAGAAUGGUGGUUGUGUCACUUACAAGUCAGUGUUAGUCAGCCUUUUUAGGAAUGCUAGAAUUAAGCAAUAAGGCCCGAGGGGGUGUGGUAUAUGGUCAAUAUACCAUGGCUAAGGGCUGAUCUAAAGCAGGAUGCAACGCGGAGUGCCUGGACACAGCCCUUAGCCGUGGUAUAUCGGCCAUAUAUCACAAACCCCCGAGGUGCCUUAUUACUAUUAUAAACUGGUUACCAACAUAAUUAGAGCAGUAAGAAUAAAUGUUUUGUCAUACCUGUGGUAUAUGGUCUGAAAUACCACAGCUAUCAGCCAAUCAGCAUUCAGGGCUCGAACCAACCAGUUUAGAAUAGCUGUUUUACUACUGUACAUCUUGUCACUUUAUUUGUCAAACUCUCUUUUAGAACGACGUGGAACAAAAGUGUUCUUUUAGAAUGAACCGUGUUCUGUUUUUAGAGUGUCUUUCUCAACAAAUUGUGUCUUUGUUAAGAGAAAGUGUCAAUGUGACACAAAAUAAUGCGCUUGAUCUUUUUUCCGUGACUAUAUUUCCAAUGACAUUGUUUCUCUUUCCAUGGCAUUAAUUCAUUCUCGUACGAUAUUUAUUGAUGUAUUUGAACUGAAAGGGGUGUUUCUGUUUUUGACUGGGGGGCUCUGAUCAUACAGAAGUAAGGUAAAGUUUUCCUUAGAAGCGUAUCUGAGGACAGUUUAGCAUUUUCUCUGCUAAUGGUUAAGGAUAGGAUUGGGGAGGGGGAGCUGAUCCUAGAUCUGUACCUAGGGGAAACUUUACCUAGAUCAUACAGCUAGAGACAAUCAGAGCUAGAUGUCCCAAAGCUUUGUACUGAGGGAUGAUGGGGGAAAAGCAAACCCUUAAAAGUUGAAUGAUUCAAAUCAA